AAUCAAGUUGAAAUAUGGCCUGGAUUUGGCUUGUUUUAUCAGUGAUUGUGUUUGUCUAUUUCCUCCGGCAACAACUCGGGCGGAAAAACAAGAAGAGGCUGCUGCCUCCCGGCCCGAAAGGCCUUCCCAUUCUAGGCCAUUUCCACCUGCUGGGGAAGAACCCUCACCGUGAUUUGCACCGCCUAGCCCAAAAACACGGCCCGAUCAUGGGCUUGCGCUUCGGCUUCGUUCCAACACUCGUCGUGUCGUCUCCCGCUGCAGCCGAGCUCGUUCUCAAGACUCACGACCUCAUCUUCGCCAGCCGGCCUCCCAUCCAGGCCGCCGUAUACAUAGCCUACGACCAGAGAGACAUAGCUUUUGGGCCGUACGGCCCGUUCUGGCGCCACAUGCGGAAACUCUGCGCCUUGAAGCUGCUGAGCAAUCAUAAGAUCAGCCAGUUCGAGCCCAUGAGACGGGCCGAACUCGGGCUGCUCGUUGCUUCUCUCGAACGGGCUGCUGAGAACCGGGAAGCCGUGGAUCUCAGCGCCCGGGUUUCUGCUCUCAGCGGCGACAUGAAUUUCUUGAUGCUAUUUGGGAAGAAAUAUUCAACUAUGGAGGAGAUCGGGUUCAAAGAUGUGAUCAGGGAAACAAUGGAGAUUUUUGGGAAAUUCAAUCUGGCCGACUAUUUUCCGUACAUUGGCGUGCUUAAUCUUCAGGGAUUACAUGGCAAGAUGAAGCGAGUGAGCAACAUUUUUGAUGGGAUUUUGGAAGAAAUAAUCGAUGAUCACAUGAAGAUGAAGAGGCACGAGGAGCAGCAGACUGCAGACAUUGUUGAUACACUAAUGGAGAUUAUGGAAUCCGGACAAGCAGGAUUUGAAUUCGACCGUCGCCAUGUCAAGGCUGUUCUUUACGAUAUGAUCGUAGGAGGGAUGGAUACCUCAUCAACAACACUCGACUGGGCAAUGUCGGAACUGAUGAAGCAUCCGGCAGUAAUGAAGAAACUCCAGCAAGAACUGGAAUCAGUGGUGGGAUUGGAUCAAAUGGUUGAAGAAUCACAUCUUGAAAAGCUCCAAUACUUGGACUGUGUGGUCAAGGAAGCCAUGCGUCUCCAUCCUGUGGGCCCCCUCCUAAUUCCUCACGAAUCCAUGGAGGACUGUGAGGUCGGAGGGUUCCACGUGCCUAAAAAGGCAAGAGUCAUAGUGAAUGUGUGGGCUAUCGGGAGGGAUCCCGGUGCUUGGGCUGACCCUGACUCUUUUGCGCCAGAGAGGUUCAUUGGCAGCCAGAUAGACCUGAGAGGCCACCAUUUCGAACUGCUACCGUUUGGUGCGGGUAGGCGGGGCUGCCCCGGGUUGCAGUUAGGACUGACGGUGGUGAAACUGGUGCUUGCGCAGUUGGUGCAUUGCUUUGAUUGGAAGCUUCCAGAUGGGAUGAAAGGUAGUGAAGUGGACAUGACUGAGAAUUUUGGUGUUGCUACUUCUAGAGCUAUGCCUCUUGUGGCUGUGCCCACUUGUCGUUUGCAUAAAUAUUGAAAUAAUUAGUUUGGUGUUAUUAUUGCUACUUUAUGGAAUGUUGGAUAAAAUAAAACACUAACAAGAAAUUUAUAAAUAUGACCGUGUAAUUAUUUUUA